CGAUAACCGACCACGAACAGCUGUUGUAUGCGCAUUUUAUUUUGUUUGCAUUUGAAUAAAUAUAGAAAAUGUGCAUUUAAAUUUUAAAAUGACGCUACAAUGCCGAGUCUGCGGGGGCGUCAUCUACAAUGCAAAGGCUAAAAAUCUAUUCCAGAAGGAGAACUCUAAGCUGCUAAUGAACAUCGAGUUGGUGGUCGGCAUUUUGCUCUUUGAUGAUCCAGAGCUGCCGAGAUGCAUAUGUGCUUGUUGUUUGCACGACUUGAAUCAGGCAAUCGUGUUCCGAAAUCACUGCAUCCAGACUCAGAAGAACCUGUUGGAGAAACAACGUCGCAGCAGGACUCCUGUAGAGGACUAUGAUGAGGACACAGAAAUUAAGCAUGAGAUUGAAAUGGAUACUGAGCUGGCGGCCAUGUCGGCUGGUGAUAUGGACGAUGCCUAUGAAAAUGUAGAAGAGCUGUUAGACCCAGAAGAGGACGACGACGAUCCACAGAGCCAAAAUAGUGAUGAGGCGGAGGAUACUGCGCAGGAUGCAGACUCUCUGAUAACGAGUCUAAAGAAAGAGCUGGGUAGCAUUUAUGAUAGCAGCGAUGACGAUGACGGUGACGAGUUACCGGAAUUGUCCGACUCAAGCAACUCAGACGGCGGAUACUCUCCCACCGAAGAGUUGUCACCAGUGUCGAUUACCCAAACCAGGAAAAGAGGUCGACCCAUGAAAGUUGCAACUACCACAACGCCAGCUAGCCGAGCCAAAAAAUACAUGACUUGGAAAAACUUGACAGAGGAGGAGAUAGUCGAAAGGAAGCGUCAACAGCGUCGCCGAGAUUGUGUCUGCGAGCAGUGCGGCAGGCACUUCACCGAUCAGAGCAACUUCAAAUUGCACAUGCUGAGGCAUACGGGCAUUAAGAAUUUUGCCUGCCCGGACUGUGGCAAAAAGUUCUACACAGAUCAUUUGCUGUCGCUUCACCAAAGGAUUGUGCACAGAGGCGAAAAGCCCUAUGCCUGUAAAUACUGCAACAAGUCAUUUCACAAUAGCACAACCCGCGUCAUCCACGAGCGAAUUCACACAAAUGCUCGACCGUAUCCCUGUAACCAUUGCAGUAAAAGUUUCAGCUCGGCAUCUGGUCGCAAGCGACAUGAAUUAAUACACACUGGCGUGAGAGCAUUUUACUGCGAAACCUGCGAUCAAACUUUCCAGCGCAACACACACCUAAAGGCUCAUCUUCAAUCAAAGAUGCAUGUUAUGAAGGAAAAACGUAAGGAUUUUCCUAGUACGGAGAAAGUUUAAGCAAUUAUAAGAUUAAAGUCAUUCAAUAUUUCGUAUGUAUAUAUGUA